GUCAUGUACUCUCACAAAACUUUGUUUACAACUAUCGGCUUAAUAUUUCUUUGACUUCACAUUCACAGGCUUUCUGGUAUGACCUAUUUUGUUUAUACAAUUCACUAAAUCUGUAUACGGACAGAUUUAGGUUGAAUAAGAAAACUGAAACUAGACAGCAGGGAUUUUCCUGUCAGGAAAGAGAAUAGCUAGGCGUGUGCCUAGGCUGCAGGUUUCAUUUAUCUCUUCCUGAAGGUGAUGUGGGAGGAAACAUUACUUAUUGGUGAGAAUGUAAGAAUUUGUCAGAAAGGAAAUAGACAUGGGAGACCAUAGGCGGCAUGAAGAGAAAGACUCUGCAACUCGGCCAAAGGAGCCCAGAGGCAGAGGAAGGACGGCCAGAAAAUACACCGAAUCAGGCAAAAAUGAGUGCUCUGGAGGAAGGGGAAAAUCACAGACAUUGGGAAGAGCUACAACUCUAAAAGAGGUUAAUGGAAAUGCUGUGGGACAAAGUUGUGGUAAGAAACAGUCACAGGUGAAACCUCAAAAAGCACAACAGAGUGAAACCAAAAUUAAUUCAGCACCUGACAAUAAUGAAUGUGCACAGUCAGAGGUGAAGUUAUCUGGAAGAACAAACAAAUCAGGCAAAACUGGUAAUGAGAAAAUUGUGAAAAAGAGAGUGAAUGGCUUAGUACAAGGCAGAACAAGCCGCACAGAAAGUACUGAGGAGUCUGAGGACUGUGAUAGGCCAUCCCAAAUUAACCGGCAAACAAAACAAUCUCCCCCUGGGAAGGGAAAAUCAAGUAAACUGAGACAUGUGGUAGAGAGCUUGAGACUGAAAAUGAAGGAUAUCUCAAAUGCAGCAGAUAAAAUAAAUACUAUAGUUGAUACAAUCAUCCAUGAAGUCUCUGAAAAAGAUUUACUAUUCCAAGAUAUAAAGGGAAUGUCCACUGGAAGCUAUUAUGAAGGAGUCAAGAUUUCAAACCCAAAUGAAUUUGAUAUCAUGGUGAAAGUACCAAUCCAAAAAAAAGGCCAAAGAUUUGCAUUGACUGAAUUUGACAAGACUGGUGCUUUUUACACACUGACAUGUAAACGAAGUACAGUAGAUUUUUUGAAAGACUACACAGAUGAUGAUGGAAAGAUUUUAUCUCAAAAAGUAAUUUCUCGGUUUAGAAAAUGUAUUAAAGCUGUAAUCUCAGAUAUGCCGGCAGUUACUAUAUUAAGGAAAAAACCCUUAUGUCCUGCGGUAACUCUUAUUAUUAAGAAUAAGCCUACAGAUAUCUCGGUGGAUCUAGUUCUUGCAUUAGAAAUAAAACAGAGCUGGCCUGAAAAGACAAGAGAUGGAAUGAAUAUCGAUGGAUGGUUAGGCAAGAAGGUGAAAAGAGAUUUGAAGUUUAAUCCAUUCUAUAUGGUAGCUAAGCAAGCAGACAAGGGGAAGGAAUCCAAAGAUACUUGGCGAAUUUCAUUUUCUCACAUUGAAAAGGAGAUAUUACUGAAUCAUGGGAGCACAAAAACUUGUUGUGAAGGUGAAGGGGAGAAAUGUUGCAGGAAACAGUGCCUUAAACUGCUGAAGUACCUACUGGAAAUGCUUGGAAAAAAUGGGAUGAAAGGAAAAAUGGAUAAUUUCUGCUCAUACCAUGCUAAGACCGCAUUAUUACACCACUGUACGCGAUAUCCAAAAGAUGAAGACUGGAAACUGGAAGAUCUGGAUGUAUGCUUUAACAGAUACAUUGCAUUCUUUCAAGAUUGCCUUAAAAAUGCCAAGCUUCCAAACUUUUUUAUACCUUCCCUCAAUAUGUUCAGUUCAAUCAAAACUGACUGUAGCCUGCUGCAUAGAAUGAUCGAAGAUCAAAAAAGGAACAAUUACGCACUCUUUUAUAGUUAGAGGAAUUUACUGUUAGGUUUGGGCUUGCUUAACUACUUCAGCUUUGCCCUCUUCCCUACAUGUGGGAGUAGAAACAAGUUGGUUAAAGUUUCUUCCAUUUGUGUCCUACUGUUUGUUAGAGAACAGAUCAGCUUUAUGAGUGUGUACUACUUAGAAACAGAAGCACCACUACAGAGGGCAAUCCUAUCCUGAGUCCAGAACUGAUAGAACUAUUUAAAGAUUAGUGUAUGAUGUGAAACAUCUGCAGUAAAAAAUAAUAAUACAAAAAAUAAUAAAAAAUAGAGGUGCUGGUAAUCAAUGCAGAAA